GGUUGUGUGUUUGCUUCCUUCUUGUUUUUGAAGUAUUUAAGGCUUUCAGGUGAACAAAUUGGUAACAAGAACGAUUAGACUUGUUGGUACAGAGGCAUCGCGGUUGACUUGGUGGUUUUUAUCUCCUAAUAUUUUUUUCUACUCAUAUUCUCACUCUAAUCCUUGUCUGUUUUAUUACCACACUCUAUUUAGUGACCACAUGUAUGAAAAGUGCUCUAUAAAUAAGGUUUAUGAUUAAUCUGUCCUCGUCUUGUGUUCAGAAUUCCAAAGUGGUUAAAAUCAUCACUCACAAGGACUUUAACGGCAUAACCAAAGAAAACGACAUCGCCCUGCUGAAGCUGCAGACUCCAUUGGUGUUUGACGAGUGUGUGAGGCCCAUUCCUGUCUGGAGCGGAGACUUGCCUUCACUGAAACGAUGUGCCAUUACAGGCUGGGGUUCCACCACUGAGAGUAGGUGUCUCUCCAGUGACCAUCACAGGCAUAUACAAGAUUGGAGAACAUGUACAGUAGAGCGGGAAGGUUUGCCAUCCAGUAGCUUUCAAAUGGGGAGAAAAGGAAAAUGUGCCUCUAUUCAUUUGAAUAACACCAUCUACCCAGGUGGCCCCCGUGCUGACAAGCUUCAAGAAGCCAACAUUACCAUAUUGGAGUUUGAUACUUGCCUCAAAGUUUAUGGCGGGGUUAUCCGUUCCUCUAUGAUGUGUGCUGGACAGGAAGCAGGAGGUGUGGAUGCGUGUCAGGGGGAUUCUGGGGGUCCACUGUCCUGCUUCACAGGAGAGCGGUAUGAAGUUGCUGGAAUCGUUAGCUGGGGAGUGGGUUGUGGCCGUGCUCAGAAACCAGGGGUCUACACCAGAGUUACUUUUUACACGGAGUGGAUUAAUUCCAUAGUUGAUGGUAUGACUUAAAAAAAAAAAAAAAAAAAAAAAAAAUUUGAAUCAAAAGCAAAGUCAUGUACAUGAUGGAGUCUACUAAUACUUUUCCUCCACCUGAAGAUCAACUUGGAGCUGAUGUCACAUGGAAGACAUUAACAGGUAAUACUGCUUUUGUAUUUUGUUUCUUUUUCCGGUAGGCUUCCCCCCCACCCCAGCCCCUUCUCUCUACACACUUUGAACACAAUUCACCAAAGAAUUUUGCCUCUUAAUGUUCUUUUUUUUUUUUCUCUUUUUGGGGGGGCUGGGGUUGGCAUGUAGAGAGCAGAAAACUAUUUCCAUCCACUAAAGAUGAAGGUAAGCUCCUUAUUUCUUUGGAUUUGUCAGAGGAUGCACUGGAGACACUAGACUUGAUAAAUACAUUAGUUCAAUACAUUCUGUAUUGUCAAAAUUUGAGGCUUGGAGUAUUAUGGGUUUUAUUUGGUAUUAUACACACCCCCUGCACAUAUAUUGAGAAUUUUUGGGCAGUGAAUAGCUCAGUGGUUAAGAUGUUGGACUACUGAUGGGAAGGUAAUGAGUUCAAAUCCCAGUACUGCCACUGCUGGGCCCUUGAGCAAGGCCCUUAAUCCUCAACUGCUCAGUUGUAUAAAUGAAUGUAAGUUGAUAUGGAUAGGGUAGUCUGCCAAAAAUGCCAUAAAUGGAACUAUUGGUCAUACACCUGCCCAAAGGCACCCUUACAAGUUUACCUUUGUGCCAAAGGCUAAUAUUCAAGUGAUUUUUAAUUUGUUUUUUUUUUUAUUUAUAAGUAACUCAAUUAAUAUUGAAGCGUGCUGCAUUAUUUAAAUGUUUUAGCAUGCUUAUGUUUGACAUGUCCUUGAAUGUCAGUUGUGUGUUGUACUAAGCCCUAUGGUAAUUGGCCCUUGUGGGAUUAAUAUAGUUGUAAACUUGGUGGACGGGUGUAAGAGAUCCAAAAAAUUGACUCUGCUUUUUCCCCAGACUGAGAUGACGGUGAUCAUGAGCUAUACUGAUACUAUCAUGAGCAACCACACCACUUGAUAAACUGUGCUCCAUUCUAUAACUUCCUGAAAUUAUAGGAAACUUGAAGGAUUUUUCUUUAGGUAUUGCAGGAUCUCUAUCCUUGGCUAAGGAUGAAUGAAUGUUAAGCGGGUGUAAGUUUGUCCUGGUUGUGUUUUCCAUGCAAGUGAAAAACUGUGGUCAGGCUGAGGUGAAACCCUGCAGGAUGGAUCAAGGAUUUGUAGGUUUCGAGUCAUCUGAGCCCAGUGGAGAGCUGAGAGUGGCAAACGUGACCGAGGCAUGUCCUCACUCCUGGCCAUGGCAGGUCAGCUUGCAAAGUGAAGAACUCCACUACUGCAGUGGCACCCUGAUUGACGAACGCUGGGUUCUGACUGCACGCCACUGCCGUGCUGAGUAAGUCAACCGAGCAACAUGCACGAAAUUUGUUUAUACCAAGAUGUACUAUGGCUUCUAACCUUUUGAUUGUUCCGAGUAAAAAAUUGGUUCCCAUUUGAGGAUUUGAAUUGACCUCUUCUGCAGAGCUGGAGAUAUGGUGGUGCUUGGUGCUCAUGAUCUUAUGGUGGGAAGUCAGCAAGUAUCAAUCAAGGCAGUCUACAGUCAGCCCUAUGAUGGCAGCUACCCUCCGCUGCAUGACCUCACUCUCAUCUACCUCCGUGUUCCAGCUCGACUAGGUACAUGACUACAUCCUAGACCACAGGUUCCCAACCCUGGAGCUGGAGAACACCCAGUCUUGCACAUUUUGUUUUUCCUUGCUCAAACUCCUCCACUUCAACUUAGGAAGGGCUUUUAAUUAGCUGAUUGGUUGAAUCUGGUGUGUUGGAGCAGGGAAAACACGAACAUGUGCAGGACAGGAAAGUACCCUUUGCUAUAGAACCAAAAGACCAGGGGGUGGAGUCAGACCUGAUCCAGCUCGUUUUACCUGGGCAGAUUCAAACCAAAAGUCCACAGGGUAGAGACUACAUGGUGUUUCAGGCUGGAUAAGUGUGUUCAGUGUUGUACAGCACCUUAUGGGUCAAGGUUAGGCAUUUGGGAUGAGUUGGAUCAGAUGCAGCUAAACCCUGUGGACUUCUGGUUCUGCAGCAAGGAGUACACCCCGUUCUGAGAGUCUCCAGGACCAUGAUUAGAAACUGUUACCCUAGACCAGGGUGUCCAAUGUUAUCUGGAAAGGGCCAGUGUGGGUGCAGGUUUUCAUUCCAACCAAGCAGGAGCCACACCUGAUUCCACCUGUUUAAGUAGUUGAUCUUGACUUUCAGUAGUCUCGGGUGUGGCUUCUGCUUGAUUGGAAUGAAAACCUGCACCCACACUGGCCCUUUCCAGAUAACAUUGGACACCCCUGCCCUAGACCAUAUUGGUUUUUGAUGGUAUGCUGGGUUUCCUCCAGGAUCUUCAGUAUUGCCAGUUUGUAUCCCAGAUGAAGACAUGACGUUUGAUCAAGGCUUGUCUUGUGUGGUAACAGGAUGGGGUUAUAAAAGAUCAACACGUAAGCUUCACUAUUUGCUUAAAACAUAUACCCUUUAUCCCCUCUUGUAGUAUGACCAGUAUAGGACUGAGCUUGUGGGGGUUUUUUUUUCUUUUCUUUUUUUCUUUUCCUUCUUCUGUUUGUCUAGCAAAUCUGAGUCCUGAUGUUCUGCAUCAGGCCCAAGUGAAUCCACUACCUGAGCAGGCCUGCUGGAACGGCUGGGGUCAGGUUUUCAGCUCCAAUGCCCUGCUUUGCACUCAACCUGCUGCCUCAUCAUCCUGCCUGGUACUGUAGUUCAACUGGGCUAAGAAUGAAUGGAAGUCAGCAGGGGCCACUUAUCACAUUUUUUGUAUACUGUUAAAUUUUCAUGAGUUACUGAAUGUUUUGGUGGACAACAAACUCUAACACGAACAAUCUCUUUUUGGUCCCUGUUUCAUCUUUGUAGGGUGAUGCUGGUGCACCUCUUCUGUGCCAAAAGAAUGGACGGUACUAUCUGGCUGGCAUGAUGGCACUGGGGGUCAAGCGGUGUGAUCAACAGAAACCAGCUAUCUUUACUAGACUGUCCGGCUUCCAGUCCUGGAUUGAGACGAUUAAGAACCAUGAAGGACUAAAAUAAAAAAGAAUGCAACUUUUAACUUUGUAUGUAUUGGUGUACUCUAAUCUCCAGGGAAGACCUUUAAAUGAGAACUCCAUGUAGAAAUGCAUUAAAUGUUGAAACUGGAAUGUGAGAUGUUGAUUUGGUGCUGUAUCUUUUUAUUGUUGUGAAGUUAGUGGUUGUGUGCCACUCCGAUCUCACAGGGAGACAUUGCUAUCACACUUGCACUGAGGUUUAAUAGGAAGAAUUUCAGUGAUCUUGGACAAAAGUAUGAUAACGGUCUGGUUUUGCUGUCAGCUCGUAAAAACAAAAGUGCAAGAGCAUGCAGUGCAGUUUUACAGCACAGGUGCAGUUACUGCAGAGUUGCGAUGAUGAGUGUGAUUGCAUUGGCAGUAUGUGUGUGAAAUUUAAGCUUUGGAAGCUGAUCUGUUUGAGUAAUGUGUACAGAUGACAAGGUGAGUGAGCUGGACAGAAUAAAAGACUAAAGUGCUGCUGCAUCACUUCCUUUAGGUAGAGAUGAAGCAUGGACAUCUCACUGCAUCACUCUACUUGCAGUCAUAUGGCAUUGUGGGUAAUUUAGGGGAAAAUGCUAGCCAAAGUGACAAUAAACCAAAAAGGUGAUGGUUUACUAAAAUGUUCCCUCAAUUUCAUUUAAAGAAAUUAUAUCUUGAUGCUGUUAAAGGAUCACUUGUUAAUGAGUCAUUCAGGAUGGAGGUUUUUUUUUAUUGACGUGUGUGUGGGGUACAUUUCUAUGAAACUACUCAAGACUGAUCACUUAUGCAAUACAGUUCUGUGAGGGGGGGGGUUGUCUAGCACCCUAAAAGGUUCUUUCUGGACUUUAAUGGUGGUUAUAAAAGGUUUAAUAUAGAACCAUACAAUUGUCUUUUUUUUUUAUUUAUUUUUUUUUUUAAAGAAAAAUUUAAAAAUCUAGAACCAUUAUCCUAACAAAGACCCCUUGAAACACCUCUUUCAGAGUAAACCACCAGUUAUGUUUUGGUUAGAUGUUUGUUUGAGAAACUCCAACUCACACGGGCUAGUUUUGGAUGGUUAAGUGACUUUCUCUUUCUUAAGGGGUGGUAGAAAGCACCAUCUUUGAAAGAGACAGAUUUCGGAUCUAGUUUGUGGGGAAUCGUUUGUGUUAGCUAGCUAAACUCACUUGUUCCUGAAUGACAUUACAUUCAUUGGCAAUCCUGGACAUCAGACACUGAUGAAAUGAACUCGAUGUUAAGUGGGUAUUCUGCUAUUUGUAUAGUACAAAGUUGAUCAGUUUUGAGUUGCCUUCAAGUCCUGUUGGAAAUAUAAUUAUGCACUUGAACACCACCAUAAUGUUGUCAUUACAACUCAGGAACUCAAUUUUUUUAUGAGCCCUGACUUGAAGAUGAAUGCCACAUUUACAGCAGAUGAUAGGAUGCAAGUGUUCAUUUGGCAUAUUAAGUGGUCAGUUUUUUUUUUUCUUUCAGAAAGGCAACAACAAACAAAUAAGGUUAGCACUGUCCAUUUUUCUCCUGACUGAAACCACUGGAACAUGCUAGUGAUGGGAAGUUCGGUUCAUUUUACCAACUCGGAUCUUUGAAUCUCAUUCAGCAAAAUGAACGAAUCUUUUUCGAGUCAUUUCGUUCAUUUCAGCAGAAUAUAAUUAAAACGUUAAAAAUGUUUAAUUCCACAUCUAAUACUUACACAAAUGUUGAUUACAUUUGGAAUAAAAAAUAAACUAAGCAAAUGCAACUAAGUCUGAAUUAUGAGAAACAGAAAUGAUUAAUUAAUAGCUUCGCAUUUGGCCUUCAGGCUACACAGUCUGUUAUUUCACCUCACCUCCUGAUCCGAGUCGUUCUUUCUUUUGUCACAUCUGUUCACCGGAUACAGAAAUGAUUAGUUCACCUCUCGAGUUUUCGGGUUCGAGUCGUUCAUUCAACCCGUGACCGCCCCAUAGACUGAAUGCAGUGCGGUUGUGACGUG